GACGGGGCAGAGUUGCGGCUCGGCGGUGCCAGCAGCAGCCGCCCCUUCUCCCGUUCUUCUCUCCUCCUUCCCCGCCGCGGCCCGCCUCCUGCAGCCGGCACCACCUCCGCCGGCCGCCUCUUCGCACGGCCGCCUCUCCCCUCCCAUGCGCGGAGGCCGAGGGACGCCCGUUUGGCAGCAGCCGCUGUGUGGAAGAAAAUGUCAGUCAGCAUGCAUGAAAAUCGCAAAUCUAGGGCCAGUACUGGCUCCAUAAACAUAUACUUAUUCCACAAGUCAUCCUAUGCUGAUAGUGUCCUGACUCACCUGAACCUUCUGCGUCAGCAGCGUCUCUUUACAGAUGUUCUUCUCCAUGCUGGGAACAGGUCAUUCCCCUGCCACAGAGCUGUCCUGGCUGCCUGCAGCCGCUAUUUUGAAGCAAUGUUCAGUGGAGGACUGAAAGAGAGCCAAGACAGCGAAGUCAACUUCCAUAAUUCCAUUCACCCAGAAGUCUUGGAGCUGCUUCUGGACUAUGCGUAUUCCUCCAGGGUUAUCAUUAAUGAGGAGAAUGCAGAGUCGCUGCUGGAGGCUGGUGACAUGCUGGAGUUCCAGGACAUCAGGGAUGCUUGUGCAGAGUUUCUGGAGAAAAACCUUCAUCCUACCAACUGUCUUGGCAUGCUGCUGCUGUCAGAUGCUCACCAGUGCACCAAGCUUUACGAGCUCUCUUGGAGGAUGUGCCUUAGCAACUUCCAGAGUAUCAGUAAAAGUGAAGACUUCCUGCAACUGCCAAAAGACAUGGUAGUGCAGCUCCUUUCCAGUGAAGAAUUAGAAACCGAAGAUGAGAGGCUCGUGUAUGAAUCAGCUAUGAACUGGGUCAACUAUGACCUGAGUAAGCGUCACUGUUACCUGCCCGAGCUACUUCAGACAGUGAGGCUAGCCCUCUUGCCAGCCAUAUACCUGAUGGAGAACGUGGCAAUGGAAGAACUUAUCACCAAGCAAAGGAAAAGCAAAGAGAUAGUAGAAGAAUCAAUACGAUGCAAGUUAAAAAUCCUACAGAAUGAUGGAGUGGUCACUAGUUUGUGUGCCAGACCCCGCAAAACUGGCCAUUCGCUUUUUCUUCUAGGUGGCCAGACUUUCAUGUGUGACAAGCUGUACCUGGUGGACCAAAAGGCAAAGGAGAUCAUUCCGAAGGCUGACAUACCGAGUCCGCGGAAAGAGUUCAGUGCUUGUGCCAUAGGCUGCAAAGUGUAUAUCACUGGGGGACGAGGGUCAGAAAACGGAGUCUCCAAGGAUGUGUGGGUGUAUGACACCCUUCAUGAGGAGUGGUCAAAGGCUGCUCCCAUGCUGGUGGCUCGUUUUGGCCAUGGCUCUGCUGAGCUGAAGCACUGUCUGUAUGUGGUAGGAGGACACACUGCAGCAACUGGAUGCCUUCCGGCUUCCCCUUCAGUAUCCUUAAAGCAAGUAGAGCAGUACGAUCCUGUGACCAACAAAUGGACCAUGGUUGCCCCGCUGCGAGAGGGAGUAAGCAAUGCGGCUGUGGUCAGCGCUAAGCUGAAGCUGUUUGCUUUCGGAGGGACCAGCGUCAGUCACGACAAGCUGCCCAAAGUUCAGUGCUACGAUCAGUGUGAGAACAGAUGGACGGUACCGGCCACCUGCCCUCAGCCCUGGCGCUACACUGCUGCAGCUGUCCUGGGUAACCAGAUUUUUAUUAUGGGUGGAGAUACGGAAUUCUCUGCGUGCUCUGCUUACAAAUUCAACAGUGAGACGUAUCAGUGGACUAAGGUGGGAGAUGUGACAGCCAAGCGGAUGAGCUGCCAUGCAGUGGCAUCAGGAAACAAGCUGUAUGUUGUUGGAGGCUACUUUGGCAUUCAGAGAUGCAAAACGCUGGACUGCUACGAUCCCACUUUGGACGUAUGGAACAGCAUAACGACCGUGCCCUACUCGCUGAUUCCCACGGCGUUCGUCAGCACGUGGAAGCACCUCCCCUCAUAAUUGUGUGUGUUGCAACUGGAAAUUAUCAGUUUACUCCACUGUUUGGAGAAGAGAAUUGGAACCUCAGAUCUGGAUAAGUGGUUUUAAUGAAGAAAAAUAAUUCAGCAUCUCUUGCAUUUGAAGAAAAUCAUCUGCACCUUGUAAAUUAUCUAAAUUAGAGAUGAAGGAAUGGGAGGAAAAAACUGUCUUCUGGACUUCAGCACAUGGCUUAAAUACAAAUGAGUGAACCUAUGAUCUAGUCCUUGCGCUAUUAAUUGCGGAUCAAUGCCGAUAUUAAUCAGUCCUUCAAAAGAGAAAGAAGAGACAAGGCUUCUCUGAGCAGUGCAGCACACAGCUCUCAAUUUUUGAGGACUCUGCUGUUUGUAUGAGAAAUUUGAAAUGGUUGUCACUACCCUUUGUGAUGACUUGAAGUGUCAGCACCAGCUGCAGGAUAGCAGGCUGGGUCAGAAGCAGCAGGAUGAAAGGAGCUGUGCUUCUGGAGAACUCUGCAUGCCAGAGGUGCUUGUCUGUGGGCAGUACCUACAGCAUCUGGACCUUGCAGUGAAUGGUCUCCUGCUGGAGGAAGAAGAGCACAGUGGCAAAAUCUUCUUGCAACAGUGGGGAGCAAAAGUGGCAGCCCCAAAUGCUUCUUGUUCCCUUUCCUCCCUGUAUUUAUAAGUAAUCCAGACUGUCCUAUUCUUGUUACGUUAUUUGUUGUAGAUACAGUUAUUUAUUGUUCUGUGCUUGCAUGCUGAAACAAUGCCUGCAAUUGUCUUCAUGUUGUAAGGGCUUGUGUGAAUCGUUGUAUGUUUUGCACAUUUUGUGAUUGCUGACUUGCUCUGCUGCACAAAGAAAGAAAACUGUUGGGUGACGGUGGGAGGGGUGGCUUCUCUGUCAGAAAUGGAAGGAUUAAAAAGAGGAAAAUCUUAAAUUACACACUUACUAAAGGAAGAAGCCAUGGAAGUCACUUUCUCAGGCCACCAACUUCCCAGGUUGCGUGUGGUGCAUCUUGUAGAUGGUGUCCUUGCUACAUUUCAUUUGCUGGUCAUGCCUUUCAAUUUCUUAUCUGGAAAUAGCCAAAACCAUGUGCAGCUCUCUCUUUGUGCAGCUCCCUGAUUGCAAUGCAAAUACUGUGGAAUAGCUUCUGGAUACCAAGCCCAGAUGAAGUCACUGUCCAAAGUUAUUUAUUUAUUUAUUGGAUAGGAGAAGGGGAUACCUACAAUUCAGCCACAUUGACCCCAGUGAAUGGAGUGCGGCUGAUUCAGGAAUAAAAGCAAAAAACCUCAAGGUAUGUUAGAGAUGAAGUCUUAAAUGCAAGAGCAGCAAUUUUGCACUGACCGGAUUGCCUCAUCCAUCUGGAUUUCAGAUGAUCAUCUGAGUGGGCAAGAAUCAAAGACCCAAGUGCUCUAGCAAAUUCUCAUGGGGAUAGAAAACUAAUUUCAAAGCUCCUAGUCCUAAAAAUAACCCUCAGACUGUUCUGCCUUUUCUCUUCCAUUGCCAGGUAUGUAUAUAAACACUUGGUUGCUCAGAGUGUCUGAUACAGACCUGAGAACCCAGUCUUUUAAUUUUUUUAAAGAAAUUUGUUUCUUAUCCGUCUGGUCUUGAGACAGAUACGAAGCUACUCUUUUCUUUCUGGAUUUCAGAAGCUUAUUUUUCACAGGUGCUUUCUUUGCCAGAUUCUAUUACAAAGCAUGUAUAGUAUUGUGUUUUUCCCUAAAUGUUUUUGGAGCCCAAUUUGACUGGCACAUUCAGUAACAUGGUUGGUGUGUGCUGCAGUAUAAGUAAACUCAAGCUGCAUGCGUGCAUGCAAAACAAAAAUAGUCACAUUGGUGAUGCUUGCCUUUCUGUGUGACAGUGGUGUAGCUGUAGUUGUGAAAGCCGUGUCAUCUGAAAGUAUUUACACUGGUCACUGGAAGUUUCUCUGUGCUGCCUUAUGUUUGACUUGCUGUUUGGAGUAGACCUUUACAUUUCAGAAAUAGAAUACUUGGAGUUCUGUGAAUACUCAGACAACAUUGAUUAGCAAAGGCAUUAGCAGCUUAUUUUAAGGGUGAGGCCCAGCUAGGUACAAACAGUUGCAGUUAUUCUAGUUUAACUGAUUUAUUGAAAUGAUAGAUUAACAAAGUGUUUAAACCCACAGCAUUCCCUCUGCCCACAUCAGCUCCUUUCUACUAGGUGGCUUUGAGCAAUAGAAAAACAUCUUAGGUAGGAUACAUCUCCUCUCUGCAUCCCUUUGCAUGCACAGGAUGCCCUGCUGCCGGCUUGAGCCUCUGGUGCUGUGCAUCUCAGGGGUUGUGGGCACCAAACAAGCUCUCAUGUUGGACACCUGUGUUUUGCAUGUCCUCUGCCAGGUGCUACUGGUGGUGCAAGGCAUGGGGAGGUGAGGAUCCAGGGCCCCUCCCUUGAAUCAGGGCAUCCCAGGUUUGUUUUCCCUGUCAAACUGAUGAGAGUUCAGGUGCGAAGCCUCUCUGCACCUUGCUGCUCAGCUUAUGGCACAAAUCUGUUCUGUGGCACUUUGUGGCUUCCAAAAGUAGGAUAAGCUUCUGCAGCUGUUUCCAAGGUCUGCUUUCCUGCCCUUUGUAUUAACUCCUGUGGGUAGGCUGGAGGAAGCGGGAGUUGGGCUGGGCUUCAGGCUCUGGAGGGAAGGCACUGGGCUCUUGAAGCUUUUGUGGGAAUCCCAGUGGCAUGCUUGGCCAUUCCAGUCCUGUGCACAGCCUGUGCUUUGAAGUGAAGGCGGUUCACAGCAGAGUGCACACAAAACCCUUGGCAAAAGACGAGAAGGUUCCUCUUAUUCUGCGGGCUGGUUGCUGUAGAAACAUUUAACAAAGAACAGCCUUCCUCUCAUGGUAUAAAUGUGCAGCCCCUUUUUUCUAGGUCUGACACCUGUCUGAAUAAGAGUGAUUCGAGCAGAAUAAUAUUCUCUUUCCUGGCUGUUGAAGAGGUGUGGUUCAUAUACUAAAAGGAAACUGUACAAAUGAAAAAGAAAAAUGUCUAUGGUGUGUCUUUUUGUUUGCUACUACAUUUUAAGGUUUUGUAAAACUUGCGUUUUUUUUUUUCACAAUGUGAAACUGAAGGUCAAUAAAUUAUUAGAGAUUUUCUCUCCAUGGAUCA